AUGACAACCUCGCAACAUCCAAACGAGCCCCCUCCCAGCUACGAAGCCGCCAUCUUCGAUGCAGACCCUUCGCCUGGCAUUCGCCGCGUUUCUACAGACGGGCCCGCGGCGCGUACCGAGCGCAAUGGCAUUCCCCCCGACCGACGGCGUUCUAUGGAGGACUUGAUGCGCGAGCUGCCUCCUGGCUGGAUCCGCUCAUUUGACGAACAGACUCAGCAUCAAUUCUUUGUAGACACACGAGCAAACCCUCCACGGAGUAUAUGGACGCACCCGUACGACGAUGAACAGUAUCUCAGCACACUCAGUCCAGAAGAGCGCAAAAAGUACACUCGCAUGCAUAAGACAAUGACAAUGGAGGACCUUGCUGCUGAAGACUCGGAUACGGAGGAUCACCUCCCACCACGACCGACAUCCAAGGGUAAAGGUGCCGCUGCGCCUGGCGAACCAACGGGCAUUCACAAGUUCUCCAGAAGGCUCAAGGACAAAAUUACAGGUCAGACGCAUGAAGAGCGCGAAAAAGCACGUCAACGUCGUGCAGAGGAGGAGCGUCAAGCAUAUAUUCAGCAUAUGCGCACACGACAAGCAAUCAUUCGUGCCAUGGAGACAGGGGAGCCGCAACUGAUAGGAAAAGACCGACAGGGCAGGGAUGUGUACAUUGAACCACCUCAUGGGCGCUAUGCACCAAGUGGAGCAUACGGAUACAACCCAUAUGGCCCACGUCAGUACUACAGCCCCGGUGUGCGAUAUAUGCGUCCGGUUACACCUUACGGUAGGCCGUACGGUUACGGCUACGGAGGUGGUGCUGGACUCCCUCUUGCGGCUGGACUUUUGGGCGGUACUUUGCUGGGCACUGCGUUGUUUUAG